AUGUCAUGGCUUAAAAAGCACAAUCCCCAAAUCUCGUGGGAAAAGCACACACUUGUCUUCAACUCAUCCUAUUGUUCCAAUAAUUGUCUAUCUGUACCUACGGUCUUAGAACUCAAGGCAGUAGAAGAAAUACCACUUCCAUACCAGGAAUUCUCUAGGGUGUUUUCAGAAGAAGAAUCCUCAAAACUGCCACCUCACCGCCCAUAUGACAUUGCUAUUGAGUUACUCCCUGAUGCAAAACCCCGACACGGCCCCAUUUACAGCCUAGGUCCAAAGGAAGACGCCGAACUAAGGGAAACCAUUGAAAAACAGCUUAAAGCAGGUCUGAUCCGCCCAUCCAAAUCUCCCAUGGCAUCUCCAAUAUUAUUUGUCAAAAAGAAGAACGGGAAAUUACGCAUCAUGACCAAGAAAAACGCUUACCCCCUACCCUUGCCACAAAACCUUAUUGAGAAACUACAAGGUGCUAAGAUCUUUAGUAAAUUUGAUCUUAGGGCAGGCUACAACUUAGUCCAAAUUAAAGAAGGCGAUGAAUGGAAAACCGCUUUCAAAACUAAAUACGGAUUAUUUGAAUACUUGGUUAUGCCUUUUGGAUUGACAAAUGCGCCAGCAGCCUUUCAGGACAUGAUGAACAAAAUAUUCAGAGAUCUCUUGGACGAUAAUGACCUUUUUUGCAAUAUUGAGAAAUGCCAUUUCCACGUCAAGAAAAUUGAUUAUCUAGGGUUUAUCAUAUCUGAAUUCGGUAUAGAAGUUGAUCAAUCAAAAGUCACAGACGCCUUAAAUUGGUCAACACCUAAGAAUGUCAAAAACAUCCAAGAAUUCUUAGGAUUUGUGAACUUCUAUAGACGGUUUAUCCCUAACUUUGGAAAUAUGGCACAACCACUGUACAAUUUGCUCAAGAAAGAUAGUAAUUGGAGAUGGGAAUCAGCAGAACAACAAUCUUUUGACGGCCUUAAAAAAUGUCUUACUUCAGCGCCCUUGCUUUUACAACCUGACACCACAAGACAAUUUUAUGUGGAAUGCAACGCAUUGGAUUAUGCCACUGGAGCAAUACUAUCCCAACGCAACUCUGAAGGGAAAUUGGCUCCAGUAGCCUAUCUGUCCAAAUCCUUAUCCCCUGCCGAAAAAAAUUACAAUAUCUUUGACAAGGAACUGUUGGCGGUCAUUAGAGCAUUUAAAGAAUGGCGCCAUUUGUUAGAAGGAUCUGAAUUGCCGGUCCAAGUUCUGACGGAUCAUAAGAACUUGGAGUACUUUUCCACAUCUCAAUCUUUAAAUAAACGGCAAAUUAGAUGGGCCAAUUUCCUAGUUGAUUACAAUUUCCAGAUCAUUUACAGGCCCGGAGCGCAGAAUAAAAAAGCUGAUAUCCUCUCGCAACGCUACGAUUUAGUGCCCCUUGAAGGAGGGGUAGAGAACCAAGUUCUCCUGAAACCGGAACUUUUCAUUGCAUCAAUCACUCCGGAUCAGGAAAUCAACAAUCUAAUUGGCAAAGCCAUUUAUGAAGAUAACCGUCUGAAAGAAAUCCUACACAAACUUCAGGGCAAGGAAAAGGUCACAGAUUGGGAACUAAAGGAAGGAUUACUAUGGCAUCAAGGGAAAAUCUUUGUACCUAAGGACAAUACUAUUAGAAACCUUAUCUUGGAAUCUAGGCACGACGCAUUAGCUGCGGGACAUCCGGGACAAGCCAGAACUUUGGAACUUGUCUCAAGGAAUUACUAUUGGCCAUCCAUGAAAAAGUUUGUCAACUCCUAUGUCAGCCAUUGUGAAACCUAUUCCCAAACGCCCUUGGGAAGAUAUUGCCUACACAUGAUUGUAGGACUACCAAUCUCAGAAGGGUUUGAUGCCAUCCUCACUGUCAUUGACCAAUUCUCAAAAAUGGUUCACUUCAUUCCCACUCAGUCCACGGCAUCAGCUAUUGAUAUUGCCAAUCUCUUUAUCACAUAUAUAUGGAAAUUACACGGUCUUCCCAGAAGCUGGACAUUAAACCCACAUAUUCUACAGCCUACCAUCCAAACAGAUGGACAGACAGAACAAAUACAACGGGAGGCCGAAAUUUUCAUCCAAAUGUUUGGAAACCACCGCCAAUCAGACUGGGUAUCCCUACUGCCGUUAGCCAAGUUUGCGCUCAACAAUCUCAAACAAUCCUCCACGGGUAAAUCUCCAUUCCAGAUAUGUUAUGGACUAAACCCCCAAUUCUCUUUUUUGGAAAAAGGCUAUGAUGAGGUUAAGGCAGCACUGUCAUUAGCACAAGAACGAAUGAAAUACUUCUACAAUCAAAGGCAUAGGAAAGAAGAAGGAAUCCAAGUAGGGGACAAGGUCUGGUUGAGCCACCAAAAUAUAUCCACCAAUAGACCAUCCAUCAAACUUAGCCAUAAAAAGCUAGGACCUUACUUGGUAGUGGAAAAAAUUGGAUUGCAUGCAUAUAAACUACAACUACCCCAUACCAUGCGCAUACAUCCAGUCUUUCACAUUAAUCUUCUAACAAAAUUCCAUCCUGACCCUCAUGGACGCGACCCUCCUCAACCUGCACCUAUUAUUACAGAAGAAGGUGAGGAAGAAUAUGAAGUUGAAAGAAUUGUGGACAGCAAAUGGAAAGGGCGUGGCAAAUCAAAGAAACUCUGGUAUUUAGUCAAGUGGAAGGGAUACGACAAGGAAGCAACUCGUGGGAACCAGUGGAUAAUGUGGGUAACGCUCAGGAAGCCAUAA